AUGGUUUUAGCUCAGCGUCAAAAAGAGGAGCUCAACAGAGCUAUUGCCGAUUAUUUAUUUGCUAAUGGAUACGUCAAAGCUCUGAAUGCCUUCAGAGAAGAGUCACAACUGGCAGGGGAAAAUGACCGAAAAUAUGAUGGCCUAUUAGAGAAAAAGUGGACUUCCGUCAUUAGACUUCAAAAAAAGGUCAUGGAUUUAGAAGCUAAGCUUAACGAGGCUGAGAAGGAGUUUCAGUCCAUGCAAAAUGCCGUUGGUUUCGGUAUAGCAGGUGCUGCACCUGGAAGUGGUCUUUCAGACAGGGGUGAUCGACGUGAUGUUGAUGCUAUUCCGAGACCUCCAGCCAAGUUUACACUUACAGGUCAUCGUUCUCCGAUAACUCGUGUACUCUUUCAUCCACACUACAAUGUUUUUGUAUCAGCAAGUGAAGAUGCCUCAAUCAAAGUUUGGGAUUAUGAGACUGGAGAGUUUGAGCAUACCUUAAAAGGCCAUACAGAUUCUGUUCAAGACGUAGCCUUUGAUCCGUCAGGAAAGUUUUUGGCUUCAUGCUCCGCUGACAUGCAAGUUAAAUUAUGGGAUUUUACAAUCUAUCAAUGCAUCAAAACUCUGACUGGUCAUGAUCAUAAUGUAUCCAGUGUAGCGUUUCUACCUUCUGGCGACUUCUUAGUCAGUGCAAGUAGAGAUAAAACGAUUAAAAUGUGGGAAGUAUCUACAGGAUAUUGUACGAAGACUUUCAUCGGUCAUACCGAGUGGAUUCGAUCAGUUCGUCCAAGUCCAGAGGGGAAUCUAUUAGCCAGCUGUUCCAAUGAUCAUACUAUUCGAAUCUGGUCUGUAGAAUCGCGCGAAUGUCAAGUUGUACUACGUGGUCAUGAACACGUAGUUGAAUGCAUUACUUGGGCUUCUCAUCCACAAAGUAUAUUAGCAAUAACUAGUUCUGCGUCCGAAGGUGGCGAUUCUACUAAUUUUACUAAUGAUGGAUUUAUCAACGCCACAACCAAUGGAAUUCCUGUAGAUUUAAAUUCUUUACCUUCUAGUAUGAAUUCAUCUUUGUUACUUGUAUCUGGUUCACGCGAUAGGACUAUUCGUUUUUGGGAUGUAAAUAUUGGUAUUUGCUUGUUUGUUCUUAUCGGUCAUGAUAAUUGGGUUAGACAACUUGUAUUUCACCCUCACGGUAGACUUUUAUUGUCUGCCUCUGACGACAAAACAAUUCGAGUUUGGGAUUUGAAAAAUCGGCGAUGUCACAAAACAUUAAAUGCCCAUUCACAUUUCGUUACCUCUUUAGAUGUUAACCGUUUAGCUCCCUAUGCUGUAACGGGUAGUGCAAAACACGAACUAAAACUGUAUCAUCAGGCGCUUUUAGAUGUCUUCCCAGAUCAUUGGUUUAAAGAGUACACUGAUUAUAGUAGUAGUAGUAGUAGUAGUAGUAGUAGUAGUAGUAGUAGUAGUAGUAGUAGUAGUAGUAGUAGUAGUAGUAGUAGUAGUAGUAGUAGUAGUAGUAGUAGUAGUAGUAGUAGUAGUAGUAGUAGUAGUAGUAGUAGUAGUAGUAGUAGUAGUAGUAGUAGUAGUAGUAGUAGUAGUAGUAGUAGUAGUAGUAGUAGUAGUAGUAGUAGUAGUAGUAGUAGUAGUAGUAGUAGUAGUAGUAGUAGUAGUAGUAGUAGUAGUAGUAGUAGUAGUAGUAGUAGUAGUAGUAGUAGUAGUAGUAGUAGUAGUAGUAGUAGUAGUAGUAGUAGUAGUAGUAGUAGUAGUAGUAGUAGUAGUAGUAGUAGUAGUAGUAGUAGUAGUAGUAGUAGUAGUAGUAGUAGUAGUAGUAGUAGUAGUAGUAGUAGUAGUAGUAGUAGUAGUAGUAGUAGUAGUAGUAGUAGUAGUAGUAGUAGUAGUAGUAGUAGUAGUAGUAGUAGUAGUAGUAGUAGUAGUAGUAGUAGUAGUAGUAGUAGUAGUAGUAGUAGUAGUAGUAGUAGUAGUAGUAGUAGUAGUAGUAGUAGUAGUAGUAGUAGUAGUAGUAGUAGUAGUAGUAGUAGUAGUAGUAGUAGUAGUAGUAGUAGUAGUAGUAGUAGUAGUAGUAGUAGUAGUAGUAGUAGUAGUAGUAGUAGUAGUAGUAGUAGUAGUAGUAGUAGUAGUAGUAGUAGUAGUAGUAGUAGUAGUAGUAGUAGUAGUAGUAGUAGUAGUAGUAGUAGUAGUAGUAGUAGUAGUAGUAGUAGUAGUAGUAGUAGUAGUAGUAGUAGUAGUAGUAGUAGUAGUAGUAGUAGUAGUAGUAGUAGUAGUAGUAGUAGUAGUAGUAGUAGUAGUAGUAGUAGUAGUAGUAGUAGUAGUAGUAGUAGUAGUAGUAGUAGUAGUAGUAGUAGUAGUAGUAGUAGUAGUAGUAGUAGUAGUAGUAGUAGUAGUAGUAGUAGUAGUAGUAGUAGUAGUAGUAGUAGUAGUAGUAGUAGUAGUAGUAGUAGUAGUAGUAGUAGUAGUAGUAGUAGUAGUAGUAGUAGUAGUAGUAGUAGUAGUAGUAGUAGUAGUAGUAGUAGUAGUAGUAGUAGUAGUAGUAGUAGUAGUAGUAGUAGUAGUAGUAGUAGUAGUAGUAGUAGUAGUAGUAGUAGUAGUAGUAGUAGUAGUAGUAGUAGUAGUAGUAGUAGUAGUAGUAGUAGUAGUAGUAGUAGUAGUAGUAGUAGUAGUAGUAGUAGUAGUAGUAGUAGUAGUAGUAGUAGUAGUAGUAGUAGUAGUAGUAGUAGUAGUAGUAGUAGUAGUAGUAGUAGUAGUAGUAGUAGUAGUAGUAGUAGUAGUAGUAGUAGUAGUAGUAGUAGUAGUAGUAGUAGUAGUAGUAGUAGUAGUAGUAGUAGUAGUAGUAGUAGUAGUAGUAGUAGUAGUAGUAGUAGUAGUAGUAGUAGUAGUAGUAGUAGUAGUAGUAGUAGUAGUAGUAGUAGUAGUAGUAGUAGUAGUAGUAGUAGUAGUAGUAGUAGUAGUAGUAGUAGUAGUAGUAGUAGUAGUAGUAGUAGUAGUAGUAGUAGUAGUAGUAGUAGUAGUAGUAGUAGUAGUAGUAGUAGUAGUAGUAGUAGUAGUAGUAGUAGUAGUAGUAGUAGUAGUAGUAGUAGUAGUAGUAGUAGUAGUAGUAGUAGUAGUAGUAGUAGUAGUAGUAGUAGUAGUAGUAGUAGUAGUAGUAGUAGUAGUAGUAGUAGUAGUAGUAGUAGUAGUAGUAGUAGUAGUAGUAGUAGUAGUAGUAGUAGUAGUAGUAGUAGUAGUAGUAGUAGUAGUAGUAGUAGUAGUAGUAGUAGUAGUAGUAGUAGUAGUAGUAGUAGUAGUAGUAGUAGUAGUAGUAGUAGUAGUAGUAGUAGUAGUAGUAGUAGUAGUAGUAGUAGUAGUAGUAGUAGUAGUAGUAGUAGUAGUAGUAGUAGUAGUAGUAGUAGUAGUAGUAGUAGUAGUAGUAGUAGUAGUAGUAGUAGUAGUAGUAGUAGUAGUAGUAGUAGUAGUAGUAGUAGUAGUAGUAGUAGUAGUAGUAGUAGUAGUAGUAGUAGUAGUAGUAGUAGUAGUAGUAGUAGUAGUAGUAGUAGUAGUAGUAGUAGUAGUAGUAGUAGUAGUAGUAGUAGUAGUAGUAGUAGUAGUAGUAGUAGUAGUAGUAGUAGUAGUAGUAGUAGUAGUAGUAGUAGUAGUAGUAGUAGUAGUAGUAGUAGUAGUAGUAGUAGUAGUAGUAGUAGUAGUAGUAGUAGUAGUAGUAGUAGUAGUAGUAGUAGUAGUAGUAGUAGUAGUAGUAGUAGUAGUAGUAGUAGUAGUAGUAGUAGUAGUAGUAGUAGUAGUAGUAGUAGUAGUAGUAGUAGUAGUAGUAGUAGUAGUAGUAGUAGUAGUAGUAGUAGUAGUAGUAGUAGUAGUAGUAGUAGUAGUAGUAGUAGUAGUAGUAGUAGUAGUAGUAGUAGUAGUAGUAGUAGUAGUAGUAGUAGUAGUAGUAGUAGUAGUAGUAGUAGUAGUAGUAGUAGUAGUAGUAGUAGUAGUAGUAGUAGUAGUAGUAGUAGUAGUAGUAGUAGUAGUAGUAGUAGUAGUAGUAGUAGUAGUAGUAGUAGUAGUAGUAGUAGUAGUAGUAGUAGUAGUAGUAGUAGUAGUAGUAGUAGUAGUAGUAGUAGUAGUAGUAGUAGUAGUAGUAGUAGUAGUAGUAGUAGUAGUAGUAGUAGUAGUAGUAGUAGUAGUAGUAGUAGUAGUAGUAGUAGUAGUAGUAGUAGUAGUAGUAGUAGUAGUAGUAGUAGUAGUAGUAGUAGUAGUAGUAGUAGUAGUAGUAGUAGUAGUAGUAGUAGUAGUAGUAGUAGUAGUAGUAGUAGUAGUAGUAGUAGUAGUAGUAGUAGUAGUAGUAGUAGUAGUAGUAGUAGUAGUAGUAGUAGUAGUAGUAGUAGUAGUAGUAGUAGUAGUAGUAGUACAGUUGUGACUUUGAAUUCUAAAUUACUCGGUGGUGCAGUGUCAUUCCUACAAACCGUAUGCGUUUUGGGGUAUUGUAUUUUGCCUCUUGUUAUUGGUUUGGUGAUAUGUCGAUUACUGUUGCUUGCAAGUUCUAAUUCUAUGUUUGUUUUUAUCAUACGAUUAUUCAUUGUUAUUUCUGGGUUGGUUUAUUCAUCUUAUGCAUCCUUUAUUUUUGUCCAUCCUGCAUUGCCAAAAAAUCGUGUUGCUCUAUCUGUAUAUCCAAUAGUUUUAUUUUAUGUAUUUCUUUCAUGGCUUGUAAUAUCAGUUGCGUAA